CAUUGUUCUGCCCGCGCCGCCGCCCGCGCCGCCACAGCCCCGCGCCCCGCACGCCCCCGCCAUGUCCGACACGGCCGUGGACACCAGCGCCGAGAUCUGCGCCAAGGAUCUAAAAGAGAAGAAGGAAGUUGUUGAAGAAACAGAAAAUGGCAGAGAUGCGCCAGCCAACGGCAAUGCUAACGAGGAAAAUGGAGAGCAAGAGGCUGAUAACGAAGUAGAUGAAGAGGAAGAGGAAGGUGGUGAGGAAGAAGACGAGGAGGAAGAGGGUGAUGGGGAGGAAGAGGACGGUGAUGAAGACGACGAAGCUGAGGGAGCCACAGGGAAACGGGCAGCUGAGGAUGACGAGGACGACGACGUCGAUCCCAAGAAGCAGAAAACCGAUGAAGACGACUAGGCAGCAAAUUAUAAUUAUUUUUUUUUAAAUAAGGAGGAAAAACAAAACCAACAAAAAAGGCCAGCGCGUCCUCUUCACCCCUGGGACCCCCCCUUCCCUUUCUCCCGUCGCAGCCCUCCCCACACACAGCCCUUCCUCCCCCCUCGCCGUGGUCAUCCUCACCAAGUAGAGUGAACCCCAUCCCGGCCCCCCGGCGCGGCGCUGCCACUCAAUGAGCAUAGAAACGAUUCGCCCGAUCGCGGGGAGAAAAACCCCCCUUCCCACAGACCCCAUUUUUUCCCCCCCUCCCCGAGCACCAAAACUUCAAGGCCCUGCUUUCUUUCUUAAAAGUACUUUAAAGGAGAA